UUCUCGUGUAAAGUAAUUAAAAUAGAAAAACCCCUCUUUACUUACUGAAAAAUAUUAUAUUUAUCCAAAGAAGAAAAAGUUUUCUGGAUUCCCUUGCUUAACAUUCUCUCCUCUUAGUACUGCAAUCCGAUACGCAUUGUUAAGAUGAAUGUGGAGAGGCUCCAGAAAAUGGCUGGUGCAGUCCGCACUGGUGGGAAGGGUAGCAUGAGAAGGAAGAAAAAGGCUGUCCACAAGACAACUACGACUGAUGACAAACGGUUACAGAGCACCCUCAAGAGAAUAGGAGUGAAUGCGAUUCCUGCAAUUGAGGAAGUCAACAUAUUCAAGGAUGAUGCUGUUAUCCAGUUUCUUAAUCCAAAAGUUCAAGCUUCUAUCGCUGCCAACACCUGGGUUGUUAGUGGUUCUCCUCAGACAAAGAAAUUGCAGGAUAUUCUCCCUGGAAUCAUCAACCAGUUGGGGCCAGAUAAUUUGGACAACUUAAGAAAAUUGGCAGAGCAAUUCCAGAAGCAGGCGCCUGCUGCUACCGGUAUUGGUACUGGCGUAACCACCACUCAAGAAGAGGAGGACGAGGAGGUACCAGAUCUUGUACCUGGUGAGACCUUUGAAGCUGCAGCAGAAGAAGGCGAAGCUGUUAAAUAGUGUUUUUAGAGAAUAUUAGUGUUUGUCUUAAUUUUUCUGUUAUAUAUAUAUAUAUAUAUAUAUAUUUAUGAAUAACGGUUGUUUUAUUUUCAUAUGUACACAUUUGUUAUUUUUGGUGCAUUUGGUUUGGUAAAGUAAGCCCUCCCCCCGCCCCGGGGUAGAAUUCCUAUUAUAAUGAUUUUCAAAUGCUAAUGGCUUAUGUCAUUAUUUGACUUCCGAAUUA